AUGCACUUCGUCUCCAAACCACACACCGUCCAGCAGCAACACACAGAAGAAUCCCACGACGACAGCCUCGUCGCCCCCGUCUUCGUCCCCUUCGAGUCCACCUACUACUCCCACGCCCGCCGCGGCCUCUCCUCCCCUCCCGGAUACCACCCCUCCACCUUCUACGCAAACGACUUCCACACCCUCGCCGACGACCGCCCCUACCUCCGCCCCGCAACCGACCGCUUCUCAUUUGGCUACCUCGUCUCUGUCAGCAUCGGCUCCCCCGCCCAGCACGUCACCCUCAUGCUCACCACCAGAUCGGAAAAAACAUGGGUCCACUCAGACAUCAACCACGACUGCCGCAAAACUUCAACAGACUUCUGCCGCCCGACCGGCACCUACAACCGCGGCUCCUCCUCCUCCUCGCGGUCCGCAAACACCCGCUCGAAAGUCGGUCUCUCGGACUCCUCCUACGUCCGCGUCAUCGUCGUCGCUGACUCCAUCUCUGUCGGCAACGUCUCGCUCGACAACUUUGUCUUUGGCAUGGCUGAGGAAGGCGACUGCCCCUACGGCCGCUUCGGCCUCCUCAAACCUACCGGCGUCGCCUCCGCCCGUGCAAGCGCGUUCGUCAACACCCUCCUCGACCGCGGCAGGGUCAAAAUCUCCUCGUUCUCGAUGUACGUCGACAACCACAACCUCUCCACCGGCGGCCUUCUCUUCGGCGCCAUCGACAAGUCAAAGUUCAUGGGCCCGCUCAAGACCACCGGCGCGCUCCGCACUCCGCAGGCCCUUGAUCGGUUCCAGGUCGUGAUCGGGGGGAUCAAAGUCUACAACCCGCUCCGGCCAAUCUACGCCCCGGGUUCGCCAUCCACAGCGCUGGCUACCCGUCUCGCCGUCAGACUCGAGCCCGAGACGGCUUGGUCAAAUCUGCCCUACCGCGUCGGCGCUCGCAUCGCCGAGGCAGUCACGGGUGGACCGUUGAACUACCGCUACGAGGCGCGCUCGGCGAUGUUUUACGUGCCCUGUGAGGCGAAUUAUGAGGAUACCAUUGUUGAAGUUGAGUUUUGGGACGACGUGAAGAUCCCGGUUAUGGCAUCCCAGCUCGUGUCCCAGGUCGGUAUCUACGACGACGGCAGACCGAUGUGUGCCAUGGCUUACACAGCGCCUAGGCCGAUCAGAGGACGGCAAUUGGAAGGCGAAAACCAAGAGUUCACACUAGGAGAUUCCUUCCUUCGAAGUGCAUACCUAUUCUACGACCAAACCAACGUCCGCGUCUCAGUCGCCCGCCUCGCCUCAUCAAACACCACCUCCUCCGCCCCCGACGACGCCCAAAUCCAAAUAAUAGACGAACACGGUCUAGAUUCAAACUCCGACAUCACAGGCCUGCCCGAGACUCCCUACCUCCCACCUAAGCGCUCGUCGCCCUCCCCCGUCGAGACACCUCUUGCUGUCGCUGCUGCUGCUACUGCGGUCGGCAGAUUGCAGCGCAUGCCGAGCGCGGACUUGUUCUAUCCCGACGAGGGGAGGAAUCGGGCUGUCGUGUUUAUCGCGUGCGGAUUGAUUGCGAUGGGCAUCGCGCUGAUGUACGUCGCGCGGUAUCCGCGCAUACGAAGGUAUUUAAAGUAG